AUGAAAUCGUUUAGAAACCCAAAAUAUCUCGAGAGAUAUGAAGAUGUUAUAUUUGAUCUCGAACAAGGUAUAAAUACAGCAGACCCAGCUAAUAAUGCCGCCCAAGUUAGAGCGCCAAACCUUAAAUUUAUCGCUGAUAAUACGGGUGAGGCCACUCCAUUUGAUUGGUAUAACGCGCGUUUUUCAAUGGAUUUUAAACUAGGACUACUAGCUGGAGGAAAUAUAGGAGCUGCUGACGAUAACGGAACUGUAAAUGGUUCUAACUCAUUUAUGAAAAAAUUAACUAUCCUGGCAAGUGGAAAAGAAGUUUAUAGUUGUAAUGAAGCAAACCAUGUUGCAAAUAUAAAAAAUUUGCUUGAGUACUCCCCCUCCUAUGCAAAGAGUAUUGGCACUAAAGAAUUUUACUAUCCUGAUACAUCUCGCCUUGCAGAGAGAGAUGAUACUAAUGCAAACUACAACGUUGGUUUUGCUUUAAGAAAAAAAGUACUAGGUGCUUCAGCUUUAGUAAAUUGUGAAAUACCUCUUAAUAGGUACUCUUUCUUUGAAGCAUUAGAAGACAAACUACUUCCUAACACAAAAAUUGAAAUAAAUUUUGAAAUUGAAAGUGAUGCAAAUCUGGUGUUUCAGGCUGGUGCUAAUUGUAGAGUUAUUAUAAAAAGACUUCAAUUAUAUGUUCCAAAGUUAACUUUUAACUCAGAAGGGCAAAAGUUAUACAUGAAAGAUUAUCUUAAACCUUAUAAAUGGACUUAUCUUAACGAAGUUGUUCAUAUAUCAAACAACUUACAGCAACAAACAGGUCAUUACAGAAUUACAACCGCUAUAUCAAAACCACGCCAUGUAUUUGUUUGGGCUAUCCAGACAGCAAGAAUUAACGCACAAACAGCCAAUCCAUUUAUAUAUGAUACUUUUGGUAAUAUUCCAAACAAUGCUAAUGUAACACGAUGUCAUCUCGGGGUUGGAAAUGGAAAUGAAUAUCCCGAUUUUCACUAUAAACCAUCUACAGAUUUAACAAGAGUUUUUAGAGGCUUGAUGGAGUAUGUUCAAGCAAACAACGACUUUCAAGGUGGAACAAUUCUUGAUAUGGCUAGCUACAGAAAAGUUUAUCCAAUUAUAUACUUUUAUUUAACAAAACAAAAAAUGGACAUAAAAGAUGGAGUAACAAAGCUAGCUUUUCAUUUUGAACUAUCUGCUAAUCCCAACGCUGAUUAUAACUUUUAUGCUCUUGUUCUUCAUGAGCGAGAGGCAGAAAUAAAACAAGAAGAUGGAAAACUACUUAUUAGAGCUUGAAGUUGUAUAACUAUAACAUAAAAUGAAUGACGUUUUAGUUUUUGAACCCGAACAACCUUUAGUAAUCCCUACUAAUAAUAACUAUCAAAACAGAGGUAAUUUUAAAUUUGUUGUCGAUGCCAAGUCACUUGAUUGGUACAAUGCAAGGCUGUCAAUGGAUUGGAGAUUAACAAAACUAACUGGAAAUAAUGUAAACAUCAAUGACAAAAAUGGAAUUGUUAAUGGGGCAAGUUUAUUUGUAAAAAAAAUUAGUUUUAGUAUUAAUGGCCGAGAGGCUUAUCAAUGUAAUUAUGCUAAUCAUGUUGUAAAUAUGAAAAAUCUGCUUCAGUAUAAUCAUUCCUAUGCUAAGUCUAUUGGAACAAAUGAGAUGUACUAUCUUGAUACAACAAAUUCUCCAAACAGAAAUAAAUACUUAACAAGGCAAGUUCAACACGGAAGAAAUAAUGCAAAUACUGGUUGGACACCAAGAAUUUUUAUUGAAAAUGAAGACCCCACUUACAAUGAGGGGUUUGAUGGAAGAAAGAAACAACCAGGAAAUUCGAGCACUGUUAAUUGUGAAAUCCCUCUUAAUAGGUAUUCAUUUUUUGAAACUCUUAGGGAUAAGAUGUUGCCAGAUUCCAGAUUCGAAUUAAACAUUGAAUUUGAAAGUGACAAUAACCUUAUAUGGAGGGAAGGUAAUGAUGUUUGUAGAGUAAUAAUUACAAAACUACAACUAUACAUUCCUAGAGUAAAAUAUACAACAACACCAACGGUUCCAAAAGCUUAUCUCAAUGAGUACGUGACGAAUUCUACAGAUUCAAGACAUAGAGAAGGAAUUUUUAGAAUAACAAAUGAGGUGUCAAAACCACGUCAUGUUUUUAUCUUUAUUGUAAACAGUGCAAAUAUAAACUCACAAACAGCAAACCCAUUUUUGUACCAAACCUUUAAUGUAGCAAAUAACAGAAAAUUAAGAAGAUGUUACCUUAAAGCAAAUGACAAUGUUUACCCUAAUAUUCAUUACAAACCAUCCACAGAGCCAUCUAGAGUUUUUAGAGAUGUUAUGUCGUAUGGCGUAGGAACACUUCUUAAUAGAUCAAAUUAUGAGUCUCUGUUCCCAUUUAUUCAUUUUGAAUUACCAAAUCUAGAAGACUCACUAAAACUUUCUUUUCGUUACGAACUAAGUGGGGAACCCAAUGCUGAUUAUACUAUUUUCGCAAUUGUUUUACAAGAAAAGAAUUUAAUAUAAAUAUUAUAAUAAAAAUGACAACUUAUAUUGAAUAUGGUGUAACGCUUACAACCAAUCAAAAGUCAAAACUGAUAAGUGCAAUCAGAAAUAAAUCACCACUAACUCUUAGAUUAAAACAUUCUCAUCUUCGAGGAUCAGAUGAAAUGAUGCUAACCCGCAGACAGAUUGCAAAAAUACAAAAAUCACGGAGAGAUGGAACAGGAUCAGAUAUAAAAAUAAGUAGAACGCAGAUUAGUCGUUCUGUAAAGCAUGGUGGAAACUUAUUCACUAGUCUAGCAUCUCUUGGUGCUAAACUUCUUCCUUACGCAAUAAAGGGAGUUUCUAAAGUUGCACCAGCACUAGCUACUGGAGCCGCAUCUGCACUAGGAGAUAUAGGAAUAAAAAAGUUAUUUGGUAAAGGAAUUUCAAUUUUAAAAAGAUUUUUCCCAAUGUUACCUCCUUUUGCUAGAGAGUUCACCAAAGCACAAUUAGACCAGAUUAACAAAGUUUAUAAAACAGGAGGUCGACUGGUUAUCAAACCAACCCGCAAACAAAUAGAGUACCGAAGUGAUGACGUCAUAAAAAUGAAAUUUGUGAAAUUAUGGGAUUUGUUAAGCUAUUCUGAAAGAACAACGUCCAAGACGCCUACUCGCCAAAAAUUAGCAAUUCGGGGCAAAUUGUCUCUGAGAUAUUAGCCCAGUUGUGCUGUGACGAUUCCAUACAAAUCCUUCUAAAUUUGGCUUGGUUCAUAAGAUUAGGAACCAGGUAAGGUUUAGAAGGAUUUGUAUGGAGUCAUCGGAGCAUAACUGGGCUAAUAUCUCAGAGACAAUUUGCCCCAAAUUGCUAAUUUUUGGCAGGUAGGCGUCUUGGACGUUGUUCUUUCAGAAUAGCUUAACAAAUCCCAUAAUUUCACAAAUUUCAUUUUUUAUGACGUCACACUUCGGUACUCCAUAGAAGGAGGAUUUCUGGGAACACUUGCUUCUAUUGGAAUUCCAAUGGCAAUUAGUCUGGUUUAA